GCGCUGUGUUUGUAUCGCUGACUCUAAACGCCGAUGACAGCACAGGAUGGAGGCAGUUCUAGCCACGUAUGAGAAUCAAAUCAACGUGUUGUCUGAGUUCUUAGAAGACUUUCCAGACACAGAUGAGCCAGUAUGGAUUUUGGGAGCGUGUUACAAUAUUAAAACAAUGAAAGCAGAGCUGCUCUCAGAUGUGCGAUCAAGACUGUGGUUUACAUACAGAAAAAAGUUUUCUCCAAUAGGAGGAACAGGCCCUUCAUCAGAUGCAGGAUGGGGCUGCAUGCUACGUUGUGGACAGAUGAUUCUUGCACAGGCUUUGCUCUGCAGGCACCUUGGACGAGACUGGCGAUGGGAUCCAGAGAAACAUCAGCCCAAAGAGUACCACCGUAUCUUGCACUGCUUUCUUGACAAGAAGGAUAGUUGCUACUCCAUCCACCAGAUGGCCCAGAUGGGUGUUGGAGAGGGCAAGUCUGUUGGAGAAUGGUAUGGUCCAAAUACAGUGGCACAAGUGCUCAAGAAACUUGCUUUGUUUGACGAUUGGAAUCCUUUGGCUGUGUAUGUGUCAAUGGACAACACGGUUGUUCUUGAGGACAUCAAGAAACAGUGUCUUCAGCCAGGCCUAGAAAGCAGACCCAGGGCUGGUCCCUGCGGCCGGAGUGAGGUUUCUGUGUCAGGCCAGAGCUGUUCAGAGGGCCAGGGACGCCAUCAAUCACAAGGGCCCUUGGACUGGAGGCCCCUGCUGCUGGUGAUUCCUCUUCGGAUGGGCAUUAACAACAUCAACCCUGUUUAUAUUCAGGCCCUCAAAGAGUGUUUUAAAAUGCCUCAGUCAUGUGGCGUUUUGGGAGGAAAGCCCAAUCUGGCCUAUUAUUUUAUUGGAGUUAUUGAUGAUGAGUUGAUCUAUCUGGACCCUCACACCACCCAGCAGGCCGUGGAGUCUGAAUCAGGCAUUGCCGUGGAUGAUCAGAGCUAUCACUGUCAGAGGACUCCACACCGCAUGAAAAUCACUAGUCUGGACCCUUCUGUUGCACUGGGGUUUUUCUUUGGGAGUGAGGAGGACUUUGACAGCUGGUGUAACCUGGUUCAGCAGGAGCUCCUCAAGAAGAAUAACUUGCGGAUGUUUGAGCUGGUAGAGAAACAUCCAUCUCACUGGCCUCCGUUUGUUCCCCCCACCAAACCAGAGGUGCAGACCACAGGAGCAGAGUUCAUUGAGUCUCCAGACAAGCUUUUUGAGUCAGAGGACGAGUUUGAAAUCCUCAACGUGUGAUCUCGGCCCCACUCAGUUAAGUCGACUAAUGAGAGUCCUGGCUGAGGAGGCAUCACAAACGUUCUUCUGCUCCACGCCGCACAAGUGCCUCAGAUCAACACCAAGCACACAAUAAUUACUCUACACAAAAUUAAGCAAACAACAGCCAGGACAAAACGAGGCCGACAGAUGAGCUGUUUUCAUAAAUGAGCCUGUGCUGUUUUCAUUUUUUCUGCGGUUAGCAGGAAGAAAGCAAGCCAAGGAUCUGUGUAGCAACUUUGUGUGACAUUGAGAUUCAUUUGUAGGCCCAUAUAGAGACUUGUUUUUAUUUAUCCCCCCAAAAAUUAGGGCUGUUAAAUUGCAUGAACUUUAUUGUACUGUACCAUGGAGCGGUGAAGGACCUGCAUGAGGAUGAUAUCUUCACAACCUCAACACACUACCUCCUGACUGCAGGAGACGGCGAAUAUGCAGACAUCUUGUAUUCAGUGUUAUUCAAGGAAAACAUAACCUAAAAGUGCCUCUCUCUUUGACAUAUUUAUGUUUUUCUAAAUGGAAAAGGUUUCCUUUCCUUGUUGAUGGGAUGAUUUUACCCAGCCCUGCACACUUGUGUAAAUAUGGCUUUGUAUUAAGAUAUUUAAAUGUGUAAGAAGUCUUGGAAUGGUCCCAUCACUUUUUUAAAAGAAUAAACUAUAAUGCUAGCUAAA